UGUCUACGGAUGUUGUCUCUUCGCGUCCACCUCUCGCUAUCGGGGCAUUGGCACCAGCUCAAAGACGACCUAGCCACCAUCUGGUUGCCCCACCCAUCUAUCUACUACACCUCAGCUCCAAUAACUGACACGACGUUUAUAUCUAAAACAACAACAGCCUUAUAUCCAAACAUAUCUAUACACCAUGGCCGAGCGCGUCCGUCAAAGAAGCAAUCUUAAUCCUAAUCAGCCCCGUCAGGUCUCGCGGCCUCGAGACACCACAGGCGCCUCACUACCUGCCGCGCGCCGCACCGUCUUUCAAAGCACCCAACCUCCGAGAGCGGGCCGCCGACCCGCCCAAACCAUCCCUACUGAGUCUGCUGAUAAUGACAACGAUUCAGAGGAUAACUCUGUCAUUGCUGUGAGAGAUCGCCACGGCGAGAUAGAGAUCAAGGAACCUCAACCUGUUGAGGUUGAUGAGGACAUGGGCGAGGCGGAUGCACGACUGGACAGCGAACAUGAGAAGCAAAGGCUCGCUGACGCGGUUCGGCACCAUCAGCAAGCUAACAGCAAUGUUCUUGAUCAAUCCGACGAGCUGCUGGACGCCGUUAAAGCAAGCCUACGUGCAUCAACCGCCAUGCUGGCCGAGGACGACUGGAGAUACGAGACGGAACCACAGACACUAGGUGUAUGAUUCUAACUAGGUGUGGUAUCUAUG